AUGGAAACAACCCAGAAACCACACCUAAAGGCUCUCGGAGACAGGGGCUACGUGGAAGGAGUAACCAUCUCCUCCAAAACCACCGGAAAGCCAUUUUGCAACAAUUUCGGCGGAAUCCGCUACGGGCUCGCGCCCCCAGAACGCUGGCGCAAGGCCCAGAAACUGCCGGCAGGAUAUCAAUACGGGACCAAGGAAAGACCGUAUAAAUGCCCCGGCGGGACGGGAAACUGCCCGCAGCCGACGUUCCUGAAUAAGACGCCGAUUCCGUGGGAUGAGGAUUGUUUUCAGUGUAGUAUUUGGGUGCCCGUAGGAACGCCUCCUAAGGAUGGAUGGCCGGUCUUUUUCUUCGUGCAUGGCGGUUGGUUACAGUUCGGCACGCCGAAUAUGUUCUCCCCUGCGGCGCUUCUGGGUGAAACGGAUUUCAAUGCUAUUAUUGUUAUGCCGGCAUACCGCCUGAACGUCUUUGGUUUCCUUUACUCCUCCGAGUUGGAAAGUGAUGCUGCGUCUGUUGGUGAAACCGUCGGAAACCAUGGUUUCUGGGACCAGCGGCUAGCACUGGAAUGGACAAGGGACAAUAUCGGUCUUUUCAGCGGUAACGGAUCUGAGAUUACAAUCGGGGGAUACUCCGCAGGCGCGCACUCCGUCUGCUAUCAGCUCGCCUACGACCUAGACCUCCCCCAGCCCGCAUCAAUCAUCAAACGCGCCUGCAUCUGGUCCAAUUCAUUCACAAUCCAGCCAAAAUCCUCCUCUACAGCACAGACCCAAUUCAACGAGCUCGUCUCAGCCCUAAACAUCCCUGCCUCGCUACCCGCAUCCGAGAAACUAUCCACCCUCCGCUCAACGCCCGCAGCCACCCUCCUCAGCACAAUAGCAAGCCUAGACCUGCACGAAUUCCGCCCGACAACUGAUAACGCCUUUAUCAAGACUACUCUUUUCGAAUUGCUUACAAGCGGCAUCUUCGCGCAGAAACUCCGCCAGCGCGGAAUCCGUCUCCUGCUUGGUGAAUGCGCAGACGAGCACUUCAUCUACGGCGCAUGGCGCCCGCCAGCGCAGGAUACCGCGGAAUCUGUCCGCCGCCGUCUUGUAGCUGACUACCCACAGCCUGGUGCCGUUGAGACCCUUAUGAAGCGUUAUUUCCCGGGUAACAAGUUGCCGCGCGACUACAAGGACUGGACGUCCGAUGGGUUUGGGCGCGUUUAUGCGGAUAUGCAGGUCCAUAAGAUGCAGCGGGGAUUUAUCUAUGAACUUACCAAGGGCUCUGGCGGUGGAAUGGAUGACCUGAUAUACCGCUACAGAAUCGAGUACCGGCUGAAAUGCGCGGCGAAGUCCAUACCCGUUGAAUGGGGCGUGACGCACGCGACGGACCAGUAUAUCUGGUUCUGGGGCAAUGGGGAGGUUGUGAGGGAGGAUGAGAAGGGGGUUAUUCGCCGGGCGCUUAUUGAUCCGUUUACGAGGUUUGUGCAUGGGGUUCAGGAUUUGGGGUGGGGGACUAAGAGUUAUAAGGAGGUGAGGACGUUAAAGGCGGAUGGGUCUGUUGAGAUUGAGAAUGAUCGGAUGUGGGAUGAGGCGGUUGAGCUUUGGAGGGAUUUGUUGGCUGGAAGUAGACAGGACUCAGCUUCAGCGAAAUUGUAG